GUCGUGCUGCGGGCGUCCUUUGCGGCAGACCUUCGCGUCGCGGACCGAUCGAGCUGUUGCGGCGGACAGAGGGGAGACAAGGGCACCCCGGGAGAACGCAGUCAUGCCUUUCUUUGAUGUGCAGAAACGGCUGGGCCUUGACUUAGACCGCUGGAUGACAAUCCAGAGCGCUGAGCAGCCUCACAAGAUUCCAUCUCGCUGCCAUGCUUUUGAAAAAGAGUGGAUAGAAUGUGCACAUGGAAUUGGUAGUAUUCGAGCAGAGAAAGAGUGUAAGGUGGAAAUGGAUGAUUUUGUAGAAUGUCUGCUUCGGCAGAAAACGAUCCGUCGCCUGAAUGCCAUCAGGAGACAGAGGGAUAAGCUAAUCAAGGAGGGGAAGUACACACCUCCGCCCCACCACUCGGGCCAGGAUGAGCCUCGGCCCUGAGCAGAGCAGCUGUGAUGACUGGAGGUGGAUUUUCAUGUUCUCUUUUCUCCUCUAGAAAGUUUAUUUACUGACAACCUCUUUGUGAAAAUGUCUAAAAAUAAAGGCUUGUUCCAUCUUACUCUAUUUUCUCUUGGAUCAUACUUUUUUAUAAUGAGAUUGCAACCUAUUUUUUAAGUUUAGAAAAAUGCCUGUGCCUUAUAGCAGCUAGGGAAUAAUAAGCAGCAUCUAAUGAACACUUACUGUGUAUGAGGAAC